AUGGCUUCCACUCGUCUCUCAACUUCAGUGAAAAAGCAUGUACCGCUGAUUAAGUUCCGAAGUCAACUGAAGUGUCCACCAGCGCAGCAGGCUCUUCCGCAGUCGUCAACUUCAACUUUCACAGUCAAGUGCUCUAUUCCUCCCGAAGGUGCUGUCGAGCUAUCUCGUUUACACCCGCAAUUUAAACGAAAACCCCUAACCGAAGAGGAGAUAAGUCUGCUCCAGGUAGUAUGA